AUGGGAUGGCGAAACCUUGUCCUCCUGACCAUGGCUCUGCACCAGGAGGGGCAGCUCCUUCACGUUUCCCCCGACGCCCAUGGCAGCGAGCAUACAAGGCCGACGGACUUGACCUCUCUCUUGCAGAACAAGAUGCCUGCUGAGCUCGUCUGCGGUCGCAACUUCACCAUGAUCAGGACUGAGGACGGCCAGGUGUUGGGCUGCGGAGAGAACCAUUGCGGCCAGCUCGGCAUCGGGACAUCCAACACGAUCGAGGACCGCCCCGACGCGUUCGGAGCUAACACAGGAUGCGGAGACAGGAGGGAAAGACCGGCCUUGGUCUCCCUCCUGCUCAACAGAACUGUCCUACAGAUUGCCUGCGGCGACUUCCACACGCUCCUGCUGGUGCAGGAGCAGAGCACAGCGGUGUUUGCGUGCGGGAGCAACCUCGAUGGCGAGCUGGGGCUGGGAGGAGGAGAGCUGGGAUACAGGAGGACGUGCAGGCAUCAGACGGAGCCAGCAGCGAUCAGGAGCCUGGCAGGGAAGGGAGCCGUGAGGGUGAGCUGUGGUGGGAGCUCAAGCUUUGCGGUGACAGAGGAGCGGGUGGUGUUCUCCUGGGGGAGGAACGACUUCGGCCAGCUCGGGCUGGGGCAUCAGCAGAAUGUCAGCUCGCCGCAUGUCAUGCCGUGGCUGCCCAAGGGGGAGGAGUGCGAGGAGGUUUUCGUGGUGGGAAAGAAUGCUGGGGGCCUGCUGGGGACGGGGAUCAGAGGAGGCCCCCCUGCCUGGCCUGUCCCGCAGCUCGUGGAGCCCCUGCUGGACAAGCAUGUGACAGACAUCCAGUGCGGAGUAUGCCACAGUGUCGCGAUAGGGAGGAGCGAGAAGACGGGGAGAAGAUGCUUGUUUGCGUGGGGAUGCAACUCUCAUGGGCAGCUGGGAAUGCCCGACGUGGCGAUCGGGGAGGAGGUGUACCGAGCGAGGGAGGUAGAGGGCAUGCGCAGGGAGCAGGAGCAGGAGCAGGAGCAGGAGCAGGAAAUCGUUUCCUUUGCCUGCGGGGACCACCACACCAUCGCUAUCACAUCCAGCGGGAAGGUGCUGGCGUGGGGUGACAACCGGUACGGUCAGCUGGGGUUGGACUCGUCGACUUCUCACAAGCUGGGGGACACGGUGGUGACUAGUUAUGACCCCGUGCUGCACCCGAGGGAGCUGGAAAGUGCCUGGGAGGAGGAGGAGGAAGAGGGUGGAGAGGAGGAGGAGGAGGAGGAUGGCGAGGAGGAGGAGGACGCUGGCAGGAAGGAGGAGCGGCGGGUCGAGUUGCGUGUGUGGGCCGGGGGGGCUCACUCAUUGGUCCUCAUAAGGCGAAACUGA